UAUCGUAGAGAUGUCUGUGGAUUGGUCUGUUUUUAUUGAUUUUUUUUGUUGUUUGUUUGUGUUUUAUUAUUAUUUAUGUCGUUUUUUGUUUGGGGGGUGGUUGUGUUUGUGUUGGUUUAUUUUUUGUUCUUUCUUGCGAGUGGAGAAGUAAUGGUGACAUGUGUGUUUAGGAGGUGGGCCACAGAACUGAAAUGCAGCCGGGUAGUAGUGGUGGAAGAGGGACAACAGGCGGCAGGAAUUAUCAAGUCCAAUAUUCGGGACCGGUGUCUUCGGAGGAGGAGGAGGACUUGGAGGCGUUGUUUGUUAAGGUGAAACGUGUCCGGAAGGAGAAGAAGUCUUCCACUGGUGCAGGUGAGACCGAGAGGAGCGCCAACCAGGCCGGUGGUAGCGGGAGGGUGAUGGCGGAAGGAAAAACGAGGAUAAAGGCCAGGUCGAAAAAGUGGUUUCGGAGGAGGUGUCCAUGUGGCCAUGUCUUCAUCGCGAUGGACCGAUGGAGGUAUCACCUGAAGAACUGCAACGGCGGUUCUUGCAAUCCAGGAAGAUGUCAUCUGAUAGGAUGCCAAGGAAAUCCUAAUCCAGAAGUAGAUUAUCGUCGUCGUAGAUAAGUUUUUGCUGUGUCCAAUAAUUUGUAACUCUGGUUAAU